AUGGCAUUCCUGCACUCGUUGACCCCCGAGCAGAUGGCAACCACACCUGCGGGAGUCCCGCCGCCGGGCGUGGUGCCCAACCUUGUAGAUCCACCAGCGGAUGGCAAUAUUCUAGUUAUCGUCGGGAGUAUCAUGAUGGCCCUGAUGCUCCUCACGGCGGGGUUGAGUUUGUACACAAGAAUUUUUAUCAGACGGAAAACCGCACCGGAGGACUUGAUCGGCGCGAUAUUUUAUUUUGUGAUCUGUAUUAUCGCCGUCGUGAAAGGAAAGUAUGGGACACACAUGUACGAUCUCUCAGUCGCUCAUGUUUCAAGCGACGCUUUUAUCAUUUCGGGGUACUUUUCGAACUGGGUGACAUCAAUCGUAUGGGGCUUUGCAAAGACCACCUUCUUCCUGAUGUACCUCACGAUGUUUCAAAGUAUCAGAUGGCAUCGCUAUGCCGUCUACUCCGGACUCUUUGUGACCUGGGGAUUUUACAUCGCCAUCAUCAUCGCUACUCUCUAUUUUACCAGCCCCGCGCCGGGGCAGACCUGGCAGGAGUCAUUUACCUCGCCACGAUACGCAAAGGCCUUAACGAUGACCAUCCCCAUUGCGUCUGGCAGUCUCGCCCUGGACCUGUACAUUUUGAUCCUCCCCAUGUUCCCUAUCUGGGGAUUACAGAUGAGUCGGAAGAAAAAAGUGGGCGUUCUGGCUAUCUUUGGGACCGGUUUGGUAGCCUGUGUCGCGUCGUCUCUCAGCAUCUACUUCAAGAACAAGCUAGACCAUCACACCGAUGAUUUCAGCUAUUAUACGCUCCCUGUACUCACCAUGUGCCUGGUCGAAAUGUGUGUCGGAAUCACAGCGAGCUGCAUGCCAUCCAUGGCCCUCUUUUUCCGCACCAAAGGCGGUUCCUUGAGCCGGCUCUUCUCGCGGAUCAUUCCGCACUCGUCCCAGCUUGGGUCGAGUAAACGCAUUAAUGCCGAUCUCUCCCAUGAAUCGUCUGACCAAUGGCCGCUGCGUCCCAUACCGGACAAGUCCCAGUACAGGCGAGUGGAAGAUGCUCCCCACAGCACGGCGACCUUGGACGGGGAACAGCCCGUGCGCACGGUGAUCCGGGCGGAGCCACGGCCACAUGGCCUGGUUGAUGAUGGGAUCCGCUUGCAGUACGGGAUCGACCAGGGCAUUCAGUACGAUGCAAAUGCCGUUUAA